GAAUAGUUGGUUUAUAAGACUGGUCUCAUUAUUCGGACGAGGACUGCACCAGCAAUGCUUAUUUUGAUGAUGUGGUGUAGGUUGGCAUCUCUUUUUCGAGCGUAUUUUACUCAGCUGAAUUAUUAAUUUCCUCGUCGGUCUGACAUCAGGGCGCUGUAGUUUAUUUUUCUUUUAUCUCGCAAUUUGCAUAAUCCCAAGAAACGGCAGGAAUCAACUGGAGUCGAUUUCCGAUUUUCGAUAAUCGGGUUGAGCCGCGACGCGCGAUGGAUUGUUGCGAUUAAUUUAUUAAGAUUUGUAUCAGUUGUUUUUCCUGAACUGUUGAGCGAACUGUCAGUUCACACUGCGUCUAAACUGAUGUUCAGUUCUUUUAACGGAAGAAUGUUGGAGUUGUUUUGCAUCAAAUUUCACCACUUGCUAUUUCAUCAUUUUAAUUUUGGUUUUGAAACGAAUUAAUUUUUCAGUUCAAAUACCAUGCUUCGUGUUUGAGAUGCCUCAAAAGAGCUCAGUAACCUUGGGAUUUUAUGAAACAAUAUAUGUUUUGUACAAGUGGAGCCUGACGAGAGAGGCUGAGACUGAAAUCUGAACCUGACUGAAUGGAAAUAGUCCCUCUCUUGGCGCUCCCAAUGUCCGGUGCGUUCUGAAAAGGAGGAAAUAUUAACAUUGCCGGUUACUAAAUGGUUUACUGGGGGAUUUGUAAAAGGCAAAAUGCUGCUGCUUGUUCUGUUGGCCUUUUCCAUAUCGGGUACAUUUUGUGACUCAGAUUCGGACCUCAGAGCUGAAACCUGCAGCGCUUGCUCCUGCAUGUCCAUCGAGAACGUCCUCUAUGUGAACUGUGAGAAAAUAACUGUGUACAGACCUACACAGCUGCAGCCGCCAGCAUCCAGCCUCUACCAUUUGAAUUUCCAGAACAACCUUUUGUACAUCCUUUACCCCAACUCUUUUGUGAAUUUCACACAUGCAGUCUCACUGCAGCUGGGGAACAACAAACUCCAGAACAUUGAGGGAGGGGCCUUUGUGGGGCUUAGUGCAUUGAAACAGUUGCACUUAAAUAACAAUGAGUUAAAAGAACUCCGUGCCGACACAUUACGAGGUAUCGAGAACUUGGAAUACCUCCAGGCUGACUACAAUUUAAUCAAGUUCAUUGAGAAAGGAGCCUUCAACAAAUUACAUAAACUGAAGGUUCUCAUUUUAAAUGACAAUCUGAUUCAAAGCCUACCUGAGAACAUUUUCCGAUUCGCCUCCCUUACUCACUUGGACAUAAGAGGGAAUAGGAUACAGAAGCUUCCUUAUCUUGGAGUUCUGGAGCACAUUGGGCGGAUAGUGGAAUUGCAGUUGGAUGACAACCCAUGGAAUUGCACUUGUGAUUUGUUGCCUUUGAAAGCCUGGUUGGAGAAUAUGCCCUAUAACAUUUUCAUUGGAGAGGCUAUUUGUGAGACCCCUAGUGACCUGUAUGGCAGACUCUUAAAGGAGACAAAUAAGCAGGAGCUGUGCCCCAUGGGGACAGGCAGUGACUUUGAUGUACGGAUGCCCCCCUCCCAGCCUGAGGGUGGGCUAACCAUGUCUAACGUGGCACCUUCAACCAUUGCACCUUUAGUGACCAAAGCACCCAAAACUACCAAUCCCUCAAAAAUAUAUGGCAAUGGGAUUGUCGCUGGUAAAAAUGGCCAAAUCGUGUCCUAUCAAACGCGAAUCCCUCUCCUUUCCUGCCCCCAGCCCUGCACAUGCAAAGCUCACCCUUCUGACUUUGGCAUUAGUGUCAGCUGUCAAGAAAGAAACAUUCAGAGUCUAGCAGAUCUUGUACCUAAACCGCCAAAUGCCAAGAAAUUGCACCUUAGUGGUAAUUACAUCAGAGAUAUCAGUCCCACUGACUUCCAAGGGUUUGAAGGUUUAGAUUUAUUACAUUUGGGCAGCAAUCAAAUAUCCACCGUCCAAAAAGGUGUGUUCGCAAAUCUUACCAACCUCCGUAGGCUAUACCUAAAUGGAAAUCAGCUAGAGCAGCUGCACCCUGAAAUGUUUCUUGGGCUUAGUAACCUCCAAUAUCUCUAUUUGGAGUACAAUGCCAUAAAGGAGGUGCUAGCAGGGACAUUUGAUUCCAUGCCAAAUUUGCAGCUCUUGUAUCUAAAUAACAAUGUGCUCAGAAGCCUGCCUGCUUACAUCUUUGCAGGCGUUUCUCUUGCCAGAUUGAAUCUAAAGAACAACCACUUCAUGACUCUGCCUGUGAGUGGCGUCCUAGACCAGCUCAAAUCUCUCACUCAGAUAGACCUGGAUGGCAACCCUUGGGAAUGCUCCUGCGAUUUAGUGGCUUUGAAACUCUGGCUCGAAAAGCUGAACGAUGGGGUCGCUGCCAAAGGGGUCAAGUGUGUGUCUCCAGUGCAAUUCUCCAACAUUGAGCUGAGAGAGCUGAAAAAUGAGAUCAUGUGCCAGAAGCUCAUAGCCAGGCCUCCUUUCAUCCUGACCAGCGCCACCCCUGUCCUCACAUCGCUGUCACCGGCUGGAGUUGGCAAGGCACCCCCCAGUGGUCCUGUGCCCUUGUCUAUUAUGAUAUUGAGUAUACUGGUAGUUCUGAUCCUCACUGUCUUUGUGGCCUUCUGCCUGCUGGUCGUUGUGUUGAGACGGAACAAAAAGCCAGCGGGAAGACAGGAGGGACUCGGCAACCAGGAGUGCGGCUCCAUGCCUCUCCAGAUCAGGAGGCACAAUCACAAAUCUAACAAGAAGGACGACCUUGGUGGAGAGACCUUCAUCCCGCAGACCAUCGAGCACAUGAGCAAAGCUCACACGUGUGGAAUUAGAGACUCAGAGUCGGGCUUCAAAUUUGUAGAUUCAGAGAGACAGAAAAUGAUGUUAUGCAACAGUGCCGACAAAGACAAGGACUCUCUACCCCUGGACCCCAUGAACAGAUUAAGCACCAUUGACGAGCUGGACGAGUUCUUACCGAGACGAGACAGCAUGUUCCUCCACAACUACUUGGAGAGCAAAAAGGAUUUCAACAGUAUAGGGGUGAGUGGCUUUGAGAUCCGUUACCCCGAGAAACCACAUGACAAAAAAAUGAAAAAAUCAUUGAUAGGGGGCAACCACAGUAAGAUAGUGAUUGAGCAGCGUAAAAGUGAUUAUUAUGAACUAAAGGCAAAAAUGGGGACCCCAGACUACCUUCAAGUAUUAGAGGAACAGACAGCCCUCAGUAAAUUCUAGAACAUCAUCUUCACCUGCCCCGUAAUGACAAAAGUGCCUUAAGACAAAUCUUAAUGACCAAUGGAAUACCGGACACGUUUCAUUACACAAAACGUAACUCCCUUAGAAUCGUUGGCUGUGUAAAAAAUUACAUACAAUUGUUAUGUUGUGAUGCCAUUAAGAGUUAAGAAUCACAUCAGUCAGUAUCCUUAAAAACAGUCGUAGUUUGCUGCUAUUGAUUAUGAAUUCCAUCAAAUCCCACUGAACUUUGUUUUUACCAAAUGAUUGGGUCAUGAAACAGUGUUGAGUGUACUUCAUAUUGACCCUUCUUCAUUGUGUUUCGUUGGAAGUAUUUUUAGGCAUCUUGGGAUGACAAAAUCAAAUGGAGUGGAAGAAAUGGAAGUUGGCAAAUGCUUGAAACUGGUGGAAUACCCCAGACUCCCCUCUCUUGGAUUAUAUUUUGCCACUUUCGGGGACUUGAAACUCUUGGAUUUGAUUAUAUAUGAAGGUACUGGCAGCCAACAUCCGUACAUUUUGGAUUAUCCCAAUUACCUGUAAAGAGCCAUUUGAUAUCGUUCUACUGAAAUGUGAUUCUUCUUGAAGUGUUUGGUUAUGGCACAUGACAGGUCAUUCAUGAACUCAAGAGAAACUAAACAGCUGCUUGCCAUGUAAGCGUAUAUGGAUUUAUUUUGUAAGUCAACAUUAUUUGUAUUUGUGGGGCAGUUGUGUAAAUUACAACAGUCGACAAUUUAAUUCAUCAAGAAAAACAUAGUGGAUUCAAGAAAAAUACGGGAAAAUCAAAAAAGAAAAAGAAAAAAAAAAAACAUUGAUGACCACUGUCAUCUGUCAAUUCGUAGUUUAACUUCAUAUUUAAUUUAUUUUUCUAUGCAGAAUUAUUUAAAGACUAUUGGUACUAUUUAACAAUUUCAAGGGACAUUUUGAAUGCUAUAAGUGAUACAGGCUCUUAGUUCGAGCUCUGAAUCUAAAAUUCUCUUCUGACCUGAGUUACAUUCUGAAUUCUGCUGGUGGCUGACCGACAGAGGCAUACAGAUGACGGUGAUGUCAUUUUCACUGUCACGUUGCACGAGGUGAGGCCUCCUAGCAUAUCACAUCUAACAGUUUGCUUCUUCUUAUAUCCCAGAGCAACUUGUAAAAGGUUUCUUAUUAACAAUAUGCAACCGAAUAAGUGUGCAUUAACGUGAUAUGAUUCUGGAUAGUGCAAAUGCAUUGUGGGAAUAAAGUACUAAUUGGCUGUAAUUUAUUGUACUUGUGGAGCGGACUGUGUUUUAUCGGCACAACUGUGAGACUUAACUCACCUUAUGAAAAGGCUGCAGAUUUGAUCAGAAUCAUAUCACUUUUCAUGUGCAAUAUUAUUACGCUCAAUCAUGUUAGCUUGAAAUCUUUAUUUUGUUUUCUGUUCAAAUGAAUAUUACAGAAAGAGAGAGCUUAAUUUUUAUUUUAAAGAAAAGGCUUAA